AUGAGUAUCUACGAAUCAACAUUCGCUCAAUCGGACAAAACUGAUGCGAUUCUAAUCGUUGGUUACGUUGAUUGCACUCCAAAGCAAAAACAACUCCGCCUCAACGAUAGCUCAUCAGCGGCUCCCGUCAAAAAGAUGUAUGUCAAUAAAGCGCUUCUCUCCUGUCAUUCCGACUACUUCGACGCUCUUUUUAACUCGAAUUUCAUUCAAAAAUCGAUGCAGGAAAUCGAUAUUGAAGACGUCAAAUUUGAAGAUUUCGCUACAUUGUUGAGUCUCGUUCAGAAGAAUCCGAUUGCGAUUGCGCCGACAGAACAUAACGUGGAGAAACUUCUGGAACUCGCCGAUCGAUUCAUGUUACCCGCCGCGAAACGUCACUUGGAACUGUUCAUGCUUUCUACUGAAAUCGCGGCGAUCAGGAAAUUAAAAAUGGCUGCGAGACACGAUUUGGACACUCUUCUGAUCCAUUCACUGAAAUUGUUUAAAACGAAAGAGGAAUUCAAUCCAAUGAACCAGUUCUCCGAAUUCACUGACAAAAUUAAAGCGAGAAUUUUCGACCGUCAUAUUGAGUUGAGUAAUGUCACCGUGAUGUUUGCACCACAGCGAAGAUAUGCACAAUUGAAAAACUGA